GUCACAAGGUACUUUUUCCGAAAAAAAUUUUGUCGUAUUUUUACGGUGAUUCUCAACUUUGAGCGUCUAUAUCUGGAAAACGAGUUAAGCUUUUCGAAAAAAAAUUUCACGAUAGCUUCUUUUUCUCGACUAACUACCAAUUUAUGCAAAAAUCUCAGAAAAAAUUUUUGGGCUGGAGUGGCCCUUUAAUUUUUUCCAACAAACACUGGUUGAAGAAAAUUUAUGCGCCGUGGCUAUUGUUCCGGUGUAGUACACUAAUCGGCCCCUAUGCGUUUCAGUGACUGGAUGAAGCGAAUGGCGUUUCAGAAACCUUCAUGAAACGGCAAUAAGAGUAGAAGUGACCAGGCGUUUCAGCAUAACAAAAACUUGUACAACGUGACAGGUCAAAGUAUCAAUCAAUUGCCCCAUUAACAUUUUCAGAUCUAUUUUAGAUCAAAACUACAGUAUAGUCUCGUUAGGUGGGUCCCCGGAUAAGUAGGACGCCCGCUAUGUAGUACAGACUUUUCCUGUCCCUUUAACUUGCUCACCCUUUUCAAGCAUUCGAAUAAGUAGAACGCCUGCUAAGUAGGACACUUGCUCGGGUCCCUUGAGUGUCCCACUUAACGAGAGAGUACUGUACUUAAUUUGGUUUUGACAAGGGGAUUUCCUGUUGGUGAGUAGAGUUCAAGGCCACACAAUUUUGCAAUAACAAAUGUACCAAAAACAUCGAAGCAAGAUGCAAGAAAAAAGUAGGAAGAGACAAAAAUUUCAUCAACUCAAACUGUCCGACCCUUCACGCUGAUCUUUAGAGUAUUUAGGACAUUUGGCGUUGCGCCUGCCAGAGGAAAUAAGUUUGAUCAAAUCAACGCAAACCCAAGCCAAUUGUAAGAAGAUUAAAGGUAAUGUGUCCAUAUAAAAGGACUGCGUCUACCCAACUUGUCAAGCCACCCUUCAAAAUAACGGUUUGCGAUUGGUUAGUAUUCUUGCGAUGUAAAACUGCUCACAUGAAAAGCUGACCUCGCAGCAGAAUAGAUAAACAGAACGACCGUAAUGACUGGGGUGAUGACAUGAAAAAUCACAUGUUUCUAAAAUCCUCCGCAGAGUCGCUCGCUUUAGCUGGACACAUAACCUUUAAGCACUUAUCUUUGUCUAUAUUUGUUUGUUAUCAGGCUAUAGCUGUCGUAAUUUAAACGUCUCUAUACCCAAUGGAAAUUUUGCAAUUUUUGCAAUCAUGCUGCGUAGUAGCUGCAUCUUUAUGGACGCACCUGUUAGGAUUGAUUUCUAGGCAAUCGCGAGUCGGAUUCUCUGAAUGCACUUGUCAGGCACCCCUUAGUUGGGUUUUAUGAAUGCACCUGUUAGGCACCCGCAACUCUGGUACGCCAUUCUUGAUCAAGGGCGGUCAAAAAAGGCGGCAGAUCAUCUUGCAACUUGGAAGGAAUAUCUGCCUGAAUUCUCAUUUGAUAUUUUACAACUGCUGGUAAUAUUGCAAGAAAUUCCAUGGCGAAAGUAUUACUUGCACUAUUAAAAGUUUUAAUCGUUUCGAAUUCUGUAGGCUGCAACCUCGCAACGUUACUCCGAGAGAGUUGUAAGCACUAUGGAAAUUUUGAUGUCAUCCUCAAAGACAUGACUUGCACAGGAACAGUUUUGACAGUCUUCACAGGGCAGACAAAACGACAAUGCAUACUCGAGUGCCUUUCAAACACUCAAUGCAAGUCACUGAAUUUCAAGGAAGAAGAAGGACAUUGUCAGCUACUUGCUAGGAAUUUAACAACAAGCAUUGGAGCUUUAAAUCAAAAUCCCGGGUGGAUGUACAUAACAACAGAAGAAAACGCGUUAAAUGUCGGUCCAAGAUGUGUUGAAUUAUCUCCAUGCCAAAAUGGCGGCAAGUGUGUUGAUGUGUGCAGUGGAGAUGGAUUCAAAUGCCACUGCAAGGAAAUGUUUACUGGGAAAUAUUGCGAGAAAGAGCGAGAUUUUGUUAGUUGCCAUGCAGCAUACGAAGCGGGCUACCGCCAGAAUGGUAUAUAUUUACUCACAAACAUUGGGCACCACUAUUGUGUCCUGACCCAGAUGACUGGCUGUAAUGUUGUAGGGGGCUGGACACUAGUGUUAAAGACGGAUGGAAGACUGAGCACAUUUAGAUACGGAUCAAGUCACUGGACAACGAACAGUGUCUACAAUCACGUCUAUGCUUUGAAGGAGGGACUAGAUGGGGACCAGGAGGCGAAGUUUCCGGCAUUCAAUACAUUGCCGUUUACUAAAGUUUGCGCUGGAAUGCGACUGGGAAGUGAGAAGAACUUUAUCACUCUUCACAAACCGUCAAGCUCACUUUUGACAUGUUUUAGUGGAUCUUAUGUCAGUACGUUCCAUCUACGGCAAAGUUGGUUGAAUAUCUUGAAAGGGAGCACGCUCCAGGCAUAUUGCAACGUCCAAGGUAUCAAUGUCAUCCAAGGUACAGUUGACUCUCGAGUAAGGAUUGGGAUCCUUGGCAACAACGAGAAUGACUGUGUCACCCCUGAUUCGGGUUUGGGUAUUGGUUUAGGCGGUGCUCAUCUGCGAGGCACUGGCGUUUCCACUGGAGCCACAAUGAAUAGCCAGCAAGCCUUUGGAUAUAUUCUCAUACACUAAACAGUUUGUACUUGGACAGGAACGGUAAAGUCUACAUUGUUGCGAUAUAAAUUCGAAAGAUAUUGAAUCGUCGUAUUCGUAUUAUUCGUCGUAUUCU